AGUACUAUGAUGAUUAUCAACGACUUCAUGGACGAUCACCUCCAGAAAGCGAAAGCGAAGACAAUUUCAAUGGCCAUGGGAGUGACUCUGAUGAUGAUGAAGAGUCCUCAUCUCACUUUUUUCCGACAUCUCUACGUUCAAAAGGUACCCAGUCUCCUGAGCCUCCAAGAAUUCGUGCCAAAGGUGCCACAUGACCAACAGCAACUAUUCCUCGACUCUCAUUUGUGCCUGACGGUGAUGAGGUCAAUAUUCGCUACCAUGGAGAAUCGACGAUGAUGACUUCUCACGAUCAUCAUUCCUCUCCUCCCCGUUUACCCUCUGCCUCACCAUCUUCAUCCUCUCAUAGUGCUCUACUCACUACUCCUCCUCACACUCAAGUUACUGGUGGAGAGUCUCAACACAGCGACGACGUGACCGCGACUCCAGCAGCACCACCACCAUCAUUGCCCCCUGUUGGUUCAGACCCUCUGACCAGCUCUACGACACCUCUGACAAACAAUCCUUCUGCACCCGCUGCUACACCUCUUCCACCAUCUCAGAUUACUGGAUCAAAAGGAGAUAAACUCAGUCACUAUGAAGGCUGGACAAAGACAGCGCUGCGCAAGGCUAUGCGUGGGUAUGAAGGACGUCUUGGGGCCAUCAGCAUGUGUCCAGAUGAGGAUAUGCAGUCGAGUUGGGCCCAAGAGGAGUGGCGCAUCCGAUUUGAUAGCGACGAACAACCAAUCAAGCUUAGCGAUGAAAUGCUCAAACUGAUAAGAAAGCGUGGUGUGCGUGUUCGAAGCUUCGUGAGGGACCAGAUCAAACCACUCAUACACCCUGCAUAUGGGUUUGUUGCCGGCGCUGAAUCUGAAAACACUGUCCGAGAGAACAAGCAAAAAUGUAUAGAGCUCAUGACUGCGCUUGGCUUCUACUACAAGGAUGCUACUACACGCACAGGCUAUUUUAAUAGUCCGAUUCUCUUCGAUGCCAUCAGUCGUGCCUUUUUCUACAACAAAGAUGCUCCGGGACUCGCAUUCCCUGAUCGCUUUAACCCGAUUCCCAUUCCAGCCUUGGCAUUCAUUUUCACUGUGAUUGAACACUGCUUAAAUGAAUGGUCUACCGGGAGCUACAAGGCACUGAUCUUCAAUGAAACUGAGGCUAGUGUGCGCUACCACGAACACCAUCUCCCUGCCGUGAAGGAGUGGGCAGAAAUAUCACCGGACUUGACAACAGUCUUGCGGAAGGCCUGGUAUACGAAAGCAAGGAAACAAGCGGGAGCAGCAGGCCUUCAGACCCCAGCAGCACCUCUCAAAUUGUCUGAUUCUGCGAGGGACCUGGCAUAUGAAGAAAUGAAGGCAAUGGCCGCGGCGCUUGAUGAGGAACCGCAAGCGGAAGGCGAAGCCGAGGAGGCAGCGGAAUGAAUUGGUAAUAACUUACAAUUACCCGUACUCCAAUAGAAUGAUAGUAUUGCACCAUACCCUGAAAUGUGAUGAACGAUACUUCGAAAUAGCUCUACUGUAUCAAUAUAGUAGUAGGAUGAGCAUUAUAUGU